AUGCCGCUCUUUGGCAGCAAGAACAACAAAUACAAGGUCGACCCUCCAAAGAUCCGCAUAGAGAAAGUCGCCGUCACCCAGCCCGCCGUCAAGCCCGUCACACCCUCCACCAAGGCCAUCUCCAACGCCUCGUCGGCACGCUCCUCGCCCGCGGCCACCCACCGGCCGUCCCCCAAACCCUCCUCGCUCCCUCGCCAGAAGAGCCACUCUCCGUAUCCGUCCUCGUCGGACGAGAAGCGCGCCGAGCGGAAGCGCAAAGCUGGCUCUGCAUCGUCCACCCGUCGAUCCCCUGCUGUGGACCGUCCCGACUUCGGCAAGGACAGCGAUGGCGAGGAAGACGACGGCUGGCUGAAGCUGGAUGGCAGGAAGAGGCAACGCAAGGGUACUCUGAAUGGGCGGUCCGAGGACACGGCCAGGCAGAUCAGGAGCGCGCGGGCUUUCGAGGUGGGGGAUGCGGGACUCGACUUCAUCCACGCCGUGCAGGUGGCGUCUCUCCAGCACAACUGCGUCCCUGCCAUGGGGGGCCAGAGAGAGGACGUGGAAUUCGAGCUGCAGUAUCCAAGUUUGCAGCCUCGUGAAAAAUUCGAACUAGUUUGCGGCAAGGACAAAAUCAACGCCGAGGAAGCGAGUGUCCGCAUCGUUCAACUAGUGGCCGAGACAUAUCUAACGGAAAAAGAAGCCGAGCCUUUCACCAACCCGAAAGGACUAAUACGCCGCCUGGAGAAGGCCAGGAACAGAAAUGUCCAGGACUUCAUGGGCUUCAAGGCUGCACUUAAGGAGUACAACGACACGCUUCUUGCUCUAGUUGAGGACGGCAUAAUUGCGAAGAAUCUCGACAACCUGCACGAGCUCCCACGUGGACUAGUUGCAUUCAUCCUGGAUCAGAUCUAUGACCGGGUUGUCGCCCCAAAGGUGGAGCUCCUCUCCAAAUAUGAGAUGGGCUCCGACAAUGUGUAUGGCGAGCUACUUCAUCCUUUUAUUUCAAGGUUGUUGGUAGAUGAGCUCAAGAUGAAUUCGAAGCAGGUCUUCGUAGAUCUGGGUUCGGGAGUCGGAAACGUCGUUAUGCAGGCUGCAUUAGAGAUUGGGUGUGAGAGCUGGGGCUGUGAGAUGAUGGAGAAUGCGUGCAACCUGGCAGAAGUACAGCAAACCGAAUUCGUCGCGAGAUCCAUGCUCUGGGGGAUCAAGCCGGGUGCUGUUCAUUUAGAGCGAGGCGAUUUUCGGAAGAACACUCGCAUUCACGAAGUUCUCAGACGUGCCGACGUUAUUCUCGUGAACAACAAGGCAUUCACCCCAACGCUCAACGACGACUUGGUACGGAUGUUUCUUGACUUGAAGGAGGGCUGCAAGAUCGUGUCGCUCAAAUCAUUUGUUGCGGAUUCCAAGAGCAACCACAACAUCAAUGAUGUGGGCAGCACGAUCCUCAAUGUGGAGGAGCACAUAUACCCCGAGGGUUUUGUGAGCUGGACUAAUGCGGGAGGUGCUUACUACAUCUCGACGCGCAAAUAG